AUCAGUGCAGUUUCAACGGGUUAUUUCCCUGAGCUUGUUAUAUAUUUACAUUUACAAAAGAUGUUCGUCUACCUGGAAAAGGAUAUUCGACAGAAAUACUUUGGGCUGUUUCAGGCUGUCCGAUUACAUGGAAUAACUGAAACUCGACAGAUUGAGGAGCUGCAGCAGAUUAAUUUGUUACCACGGGACUGGCUGCUGUACAUUGUCACCCGCAGUUACUAUGCACUACAACAUGGUGGAGAUGUGCCAUGUCUGAAAUACGUUCCCUCUGAAGCAGUCCGGUUUGGCUUCAUCAUUACAGAGGUAUAA